AGUAUCAGUUGUAAUGUGUGUUGUAAGUUCUGACAGAGUUUGAAACGGCAGGACGGAGGUACACUUUUACAGGAAAAGAAAAAAGAAAAAGGAAAAUGAAUUUGUGUUCCUUCAAUUCAAUCCUACCUGACACAAUCACGUGAUCUACCACAUCCAACAUAGUCUCCCAUGUUGUCUGACUCACGCGCCAUUUCAUGUUUGGGUUCUCUUUCCUGUUCCCAUUUUACUGCUACUCUACUGCUGUUGUUACAAUUCUCGCUUGUUCUCCAUUACUGUGUGAGGGUUCAACUCUCACUCUCAGAUCUUCUUCCCAAGGAGCAAGGUUUGUUGUUGAAUAUCUUAGGUGGGUUUGCUCUAAAUUUGGCUACAUUGUGCUCUCAUUUUGGGAAUUUCAAGUAAUGGGUAUCAUCUCGCGGACGAUCUUCCCAGCAUGUGGGAACAUGUGUGUUUGCUGUCCUGCUUUGAGGUCAAGAUCACGCCAGCCAGUCAAACGAUACAGAAAACUGCUUGCUGAUAUAUUCCCUAAAUCCCCAGAUGAGACGCCAAGUGAGAGGAAGAUUGUCAAAUUAUGUGAAUAUGCAGCAAAAAAUCCUUUCCGAAUUCCAAAGAUAGCAAAAUAUCUUGAAGAAAGGUGCUACAAAGAACUCAGAUCUGAACGCAUGAAAUUGGUCAAGAUAAUAACAGAAUCUUUCAACAAGUUGCUUUCAAUCUGUAAGGUGCAGAUAGCAUAUUUUGCUGUUGAUGUGCUUAAUGUAAGCUCAGAGCUUUUGAGCUAUUCUAAGGAUGAGACCAUUCAGACACUUGGUUGCCAAACCUUAUCAAGGUUCAUCUACUGUCAGGUGGAUGCUACAUAUACUCAUAACAUUGAGAAGUUGGUGCGGAAAGUGUGCAUGCUAUCUCGGGAACAUGGUGAAACACAUGAAAAGCGCUGCUUGAGGGCAUCGAGCUUGCAAUGCCUUUCAGCAAUGGUUUGGUUUAUGGCUGAGUUUUCACACAUUUUUGCUGAUUUUGAUGAGAUUGUUCAUGCCACUCUAGAUAACUAUGAGUGGAGUAGACAAUGUGAAGAUUCUGUUGUCAGGGCAGAGCCACAUCAUAAUUGGGUGGAUGAGGUUGUUCGGUAUGAAGGUCGGGGUGGUUCAGUUGUUGGUAAUGACAAUCGUUCUAGCUGUGUGAUGAUCCAGCCACGACCUGAAAUAAAAGAUCCUUCUGUUUUGACUAGAGAAGAAAUUGAAAAGCCAGAUAUAUGGGCUCAGAUAUGCAUUCAAAGAAUGGUUGAAUUAGCCAAGGAAAGCACUACUAUGCGUCGUGUGCUGGAUCCAAUGCUUGCCUACUUUGAUUCUAGACAACAAUGGGCUCCUCAGAAAGGGUUAGCAAUGAUGGUUUUAUCCAGUAUGGCCUACUUCAUGGAGAACUUGGGGAAUCAGCGCUUAAUACUAGCUUCUGUGAUACAUCAUCUGGACCACAAAAAUGUCAUGAAUGAUCCCCAACUUAAGACCUGGGUUGUUCAAGUUGCCACAUCUUUAGCUAUGCAAAUUAGAUCAGGGAGAGGGUUGUCAGAGAUUGGUUUUGUUGGUGACCUUUGCAGGCAUCUUAGGAAAAGUCUUCAAGCCUCUGGUGAAUUUGUUGGAGAGCAAGAAUUGAACUUAAAUAUCUCACUUCAAAAUUCCAUUGAGGACUGCUUAGUAGAAAUUGCCAAUGGGGUGAUUGAUGCCCAGCCACUAUUUGACUUGAUGGCAAUAACUCUAGAAAAUGUUCCAUCUGGUGUUGUUGGUAGAGCAACCAUUGGAUCUUUGAUAAUCCUUGCUCGAGCAGUCACCUUAGCAUUGGCUCGAUUACGUUUGCAGCAGGGAUUUCCUGAAACUGUUCUUGUGCAACUCCUGAAAGUAAUGUUGCAUUCAGAUGUGGAGGCUCGUGUUGGAGCACACCUUAUAUUUUCUGUACUUCUUUUUCCGAGUUCCUUCCAUAUGCGUGAAAUUUCUUCUCUGCGGUCCAGAUAUCUAGAUCAACGCAAUAAAAGGCAUUCUCAUACUGCAUCUGCAUCUGCAUCUGCUUCAAUUACAGCUUUACUUGAAAAGCUCCGCAGAAGCAAAGAUAGCACCAAGGCUGAAAAUCAUGGGAAUAUUGUUCAUGAUGGUGGCAAAGAAAGGGAUAUAAUGGUAGAAGACUGGAAGCAGGGCUAUGGCCUAAAGAAUUCCCCUAACUUUUACAAACUUAGCUCUAUCAUUGAUAGGGCUACAGGAUCACCAAGUUUGACUGACACAGAACCAUACGUUAUGAAACUUAGUGAAGAUCAAAUGGCCCAUCUGCUCUCUGCCUUUUGGAUUCAAGCCAAUCUUCCGGAUAAUUUGCCUUCAAAUAUUGAAUCUAUAGCUCAUUCAUUCAUAUUAACACUAAUUGUUUUACGCAUGAAGAACCUGAAAGACAGAGAUAACCUGGUAAUCCGGUUCUUCCAGCUUCCUCUGUCUCUCUGGACUAUGUUGUUGGACCAAAGUAAUGGAAUGAUGCCCCCAGCAGGUCAGAGGUCUGUCUUUGUAUUAUCUGCUGGCAUGUUGGUGUUUGCCUGCAAAAUAUACCAGAUUCCCGAUCUAAAUGAUGUUUUUGCAUCAUUAGCCAUAUCUGAAGUUGAUCCAUUCUUGGGUAUCAGUGAUGAUCAUCAAGUAUAUGCUAAGAUCCAAGUGGAUGUGAGGGAUUAUGGUACUGCUGCUGAUAAUCAGUCGGCUAAUUCAAUAUUAUCAGAGUUACGGAACAAAAUACGUAAUUGUCACCAGACCAUAAAGGAAGUGUUGGUUCAUCAUUUAGCCAACUUUACUGAGCUGGAUGCAGAUGAAUUGGCUAUGCUACUGUCAGAGACAUUCAAGCCUGAUGAAGAAUUUGUGUUUGGUCCACAGUCAAUUCUUGAUCAAAAUCAAAUGAUUUUCCAUUCUCAGGAGUCAUUGUCAUUUGAUGGGGAUUUUCCCUCAAAUUCAGCAGGUGAAGAUGACACAAUUAGUGAAGCUUCUGUCUCUGACCUUUCUCGAUUUAUGCCAAAGAUGCCUGUAUCCCCUUCUUUGCCUCAUGUUAUCAGCAUUGGACAACUUAUGGAAUCGGCGCUAGAGGUAGCUGGUCAAGUGGCUGGAACGGCGAUCUCCACUUCACCCCUUCCAUACAAUACAAUGGCUAGCCAGUGUGAGUCACUUGGAACAUGUGCAAGGAAGAAACUUUCAAAUUGGCUUGCCUUUGAGAAUCAUUUCAGUCAAGCAGCUGAUAAAUCGUUUCUGGCAAUCGCUGACAUUAGUAACUCUGCACUUGAAAAGGUAUCAAAUGGUGGUACUGGGCAUACCCAGUUGCCAAGGGACACAGGACUAGCCAUGAGGCUGCCUCCUGCUAGCCCAUUUGACAAUUUUCUCAAGGCUGCUGGGUGUUAGAUUAGAUGUUUCAUGGUUACACUUACAUAUGCUAUGUUAAUCUUUGUAUAGCUCUAAUGUUAAAUAUUCUUCCAGACAUGAGUUUCUAGGAUGUUUAUUAGUCCUUUUUAGGACUAGUAGGUAAAUCUCAGUGCUUUGACUUGUGUAAUUGUAGAACGACAAUUUCUCGACUUAACUGUUAAAAGACAUUACGGUAUCUGGAAUCCAGUACUGUUUGAGGUGGGCGCAGUGCUGCACGCCUCAGCAACCUUAAUGUUUUGGAGUCAAUUGAAUUGGCAAUUUGCUGCUGUUUGAGUCUCUGUAAAUCCAGUGUGUUAGUGGCACUGCUAAAUUCUGUGGUGUGCACUAACUGUACGUGGAGGGUUAUUAUUGGGUGCACGUGUUGCAUAAGUCAAUUUUGCCAGUA